AUGGUUCAUGUGUCCCGUGCAAUGGGAGAUAAUAAAGAUUAUGCUAAGAUGCAACUUAAGGGUUGGAAGCAGAAGGAAGCCGGCAGGAUAUGGCAGGCGAUGAAACAUGCCCUAAGGGAGGAACCAAGAAGGCAGCCGUAUGAAAAGGAUAACGUCCUCAUUUUAAAACCCAAAAUUAACUUACUUAAGCUGCAAAAAUCCGUCACCAACUCGGGUGGAAAUUGCUCAAUCCGGUCCGGUAGAGGUAGCGAGAAUGAGCGAAUGUGUUGGAUCUGCUACGGCUUGGAACGCGAAGAUGAGUCCUCUCAAUGCUGGAUUCAUCCUUGUCGAUGCUGCGGUUCAAGCAAGUGGGUUCAUCAGUCCUGCCUUCAGCGGUGGUUGGACGAAAGGCAACGCCUUGAUCCUCUCUCGCCUUUGAGUUGCCGAAUGUGCGGCUACAAUUAUGUUGUCGAAUACCCUCCAGCAGAUCCCCUCCUAACCAUUCUGACUGUGGUGGAUCAGGCUGUCGACGUGUCGUCGACGUAUGUCUUCACCGGCGCAGUUAUGGGUUGUUUGUACUGGUCCGCGGUAACUUAUGGUGCACUGACUGUGAUGCAGGUAUGUGGACACGAGGCGGGGCUGACGGCGAUGGAGAAGAUGGAUCCGGUUGUACUGCUGUUGGGCUUACCGGCUAUUCCGACCUGUUUGGUUGCCAUCCACAUGGUGGAUUGGCAGAGUUGGCUAUUAAGGCUUUGGCGCAGUCAUGCCUAUAAGCUGGCGAUGAUUCAGUACCUACUUCCAAAGGACAUCUGCCGUUCGCGAUUGGAGGAGGCACGUGAUUCUGAAAGCGGCUCCACAAUUCCACGCAUUCUCUGUACUUCCCUUGCACUCCCCAGUUUUGCCGUCUUCUUUGGACGUAUCCUCUUUGGCCGUUUUCAGUCGCGACUUGGCCAGGCUAUUGCAGGCGGAUUGUUCUACUUGGGGUUCACAGGUCUUCUACACAUCUAUCAACGCGAGAUGACAUUCCUGCGCAACUGUCGACGACACAUUGUUGAGUAUGACGGAGAGUGUUUUGCCGGUGUUUGUGUUGUCUCUGCUAGUGUCGGUCUUGUCGUUUCUCGUAGGCGGAGGUCGAUGGGUGUUUGGUGUUGUGAAUCUAGUCGUCAAUGCCCUCAAGGCCUUUCCAUGUGGGGCAGCUGGGACAUGGUGCGGUGUGUGAUUCAAAGCAGCGUCUCGCUCAAGUCCCAGAAGGACCUGUCACAAAUGGAGGUGUCAUUGAAGGGUGUCUUUUUGACCACAAUCGAUGUUACAAACAAUGCUUGGUGCCCCGACAUCUCAUUUGUGCCUGGAGUUCCCCAGCCUGCUUGA